CAGUUUUCUGGCACCCAUGGCCAUGGGUGUCGAUGUCAGACCUGGAGGUAUAAAUAGCUGUGGAUGAGAGACGUUCAUCCCACUCCUCAAUCAAAUUCCAGGGAGCAACCAUGAAGACCUUCAUCUUCCUUGCCCUGCUGGGAGCUGCUAUUGCUUUCCCCAUUGAUGAUGAUGACAAGAUCGUUGGGGGCUACACCUGUCAGAAGAAUUCUGUUCCCUACCAGGUGUUCCUGAACUUGGGCUAUCACUUCUGUGGCGGCUCCCUCAUCAAUUCCCAGUGGGUGGUGUCCGCAGCUCACUGCUACAAGUCUCGAAUCCAGGUGCGUCUGGGAGAACACAACAUCGCAGUCUCUGAGGGUGGUGAGCAAUUCAUCAAUUCAGCCAAGGUCAUCCGCCACCCCAGAUACAACCAAAACACUGUCGAUAAUGACAUCAUGCUAAUUAAACUGAGCUCUCCCGCCACCCUCAAUUCUCGAGUGUCUUCUAUCUCUCUGCCAAAAUCCUGUGCAGCUGCUGGUACCCAGUGCCUCAUCUCUGGCUGGGGGAACACCCUGAGUACUGGGCAAAAGUAUCCUGAUGUCCUGCAGUGUCUUCAAGCUCCCAUCCUCUCUGACAGCACUUGCCGCAAUGCCUACCCUGGCAAAAUCACCAGCAAUAUGAUCUGUUUGGGUUACCUGCAGGGCGGAAAGGAUUCUUGUCAGGGUGACUCUGGUGGCCCUGUGGUCUGCAACAGAGAGCUCCAGGGCAUUGUCUCCUGGGGUAUUGGCUGCGCUCAGAAAGGCAAACCUGGUGUCUACACCAAGGUCUGUAACUACGUACGCUGGAUUCAGCAAACCAUUUCUGCCAACUAAGCAUGUAAGCAUGUGUAUUACUCUACGUACUAUCCUCUUGGUCAAUUUCAACUUCCAACCGUGCCUGAAAACAGUAUCUAAAUAAAAACAU